GCACACCACACACCCCUCUUGUUGUCAACCAACCAACCCUUCUUGCUUCUUCCCUUGCGUUGUUGCUUUGUUGUUGGUUGUUUUCCCCCUCUUCUGUUGUGUGUGUUUGUGCGUACUCCUCUUCUUCUCUUCUGUUUGCCCACGCACACUCUUCACUGUUGGUCGAUGGCGACACUGCCACUCGUGCACCCAACUGCCACUUCUGCUUCACCGUUACCUUCACCGCCAGCGACCUCCGCGACGGCUGCGACUCGCCUUCCAUCUACAGUUAAGACAUACCGGUCCUCCAAGCAGACACACCGACAAACAGCCAUGGUUGCACAGCUCCUUGUUGCCACAGGCAUUGUCCUGACCUUGGGCAUCACCUACGUCUCCAUGCCCGGCGCCGCGCUCUUCCCGUGGCAUCCAACGUGCAUGGCUGUUGGCCUGCUGGCCCUGAUGUCCUAUGGCAUCAGCCUGUUUGCACCGGGUGCCUCUUCCCUCUCGUACUGGGACAAGGUCUGGCGCCACUUCCUCUGCAACAUCGCCGCGGCCGCAUUCGUCUUCGCCGGCUUUGUUGCCAUCUUCCUGAACAAGGACCUGCGAGGCAAGUCACACUUUGUCACCUGGCACGGUCUCAUCGGCCUGUUUGUCACCAUCCUCAUCGUCGCCCAGGCGGCCGGCUCGUCCAUCCUGCUGUCGCCAUCCCUGACGCAGAAGCUCGUUGGAAAGUCGAACUACGCCCUCGUCAAGCGGCUGCAUCGCCAGGGCGCCGUAUUUGUGUACGGCGCUUCGAUGGGUGAGGUUGUCCUUGGCUACUACUCCAACUUCUGGAACCGAAACGUCAGCGGCCUGCCCUGGCUCGCGGCCACCGCCCUCACCGCCCUCAUGGCCGCCCUCGUCUUCCUCCAGGUCUUCCGGGUGCUGUCAAAGCGCAAGGACUAAGCGAUCAUUUGGAGCCGCUAGUUUGGCGACCGCCCACCAUGCUCGGCUUGUUUCCUGCUGUUGUUACAUCACCUCGCACAACCUUCGAUGCUCUCGUGUAUUGCUUCUCUUCUGCCUGCGACCUUGCUUGAUGCUCUUGUUUGCUUGUGCGUGUGCGUGCGUGUGCGUGUGUUCCUUUCUCUUCCGCCCCCUCUGCGUCACAUCGAUGCGUGAGCCCGUUUCCUUGCUGUCGUGGAACAACGGUUUAAACGGAAUGAUGCAAA